AGAGGUGAUAAAAUCUCAAAUUCCACAAAGCAAAACAAAACACAAGAUUUCACACACUCUUGUAGCAUCUAAAUCAAGAAACUUAGCAUUUCAAGUAAUGGAUAGAGUCAAGGAUUUGGCAUCAAAGAAAGCUGCAGUUGUAUUCACAAAGAGCUCAUGCUACAUGUGCCACAGCAUAACACAGCUCUUCUAUGAGCUGGGAGCAAGCCCUGCAGUGCAUGACCUUGACAUUGAACCCUAUGGUAGGGAAAUGGAAAGGGCUCUAAGGAGCCUUGGAUGUAACCCUUCAGUUCCAGCAGUUUUCAUUGGUGGAAAAUUUGUAGGGUCAUCAAAGGAUGUGAUUUCUCUCCAUGUUGAUGGUUCUCUCAAGCAAAUGCUCAUGGCUGCUAGAGCCAUUUGGUUCUAGUAAUAACUUAUGAAUAAAACUUCAAAGAGCUAGAUCCAUGUAUACAUAGAAGUAUAUGUGAUGGGGCUCUAGUUUGGUUAAGCUAAGGACACUCCUUCUUUUUAAUGAGUGUCCUCUUAAGCUUAAACUAAGUGUAUGUAAACACAGUCUUGCUUUUCUUUCUUUUUUUUGUUUUGUAACUUGAUGAAAUGCCAGCUUACUAUGGCUGAUGUAUACCAAAGUUCUAUGAAACUUGGAUAAUAGAGAAAACACCUCUAUUUUAGUUAUUGUCAUUUUCAAA